CUUUAUUUUUUUUUUUUUAUUAUUUUCUAUCCUUUUUUAUGUGUUUUAUUUGUAACAUUCUGAAGAUGGCACUGAUUUCUUAAUUUUUAUCCUAUUUCCAGUUUUCCCAUUAUUUGCUGUUCUUGUCUCUCUCGUGAAUUGAUUCUAUUUUGUAUUCUUUUUUUAUAAAAUUAAUCAGUGAAAUUUAAUAAAUUAAAUUCAUAUUAUUCUUAUCAUGGGAAAACGAAAAGCCAGUGAUAAUGCAGGAAAUCCGAAUCAAGAUUUAUGCGAUUUUUUGAUAGAGCUAGCAAAUUAUGAACGAAAUGUUAGCAAAAAUAUUUAUAAAUAUAAUGCUUAUCGCAAAGCAGCUGGCACUUUAAGUGGAUUAACAGAAAGAAUAAAAAGUGGACAAGAGGCAAAAAAAUUACCAGGAAUAGGAGAAAAAAUUGCUAAGAAAAUUGAUGAGUUUUUGAGUACUGGAAAAUUACAAAAAUUAGAAGAUAUUAACAAAGAUGAGAAUAAUAUUGCAAUAAAUUUAUUAACACGUGUAUCUGGUAUUGGACCUGCAAAAGCUAAAGAAUUAUUAGCUGCUGGUAUUAAAACUUUAGAUGAUUUAAAAAAACAUGAGGAAAAGCUUAAUCAUCAUCAAAAAAUUGGGCUGAAAUAUUUUGAAGAUUUUGAAAAAAGAAUUCCCAGAAAGGAAAUUGAGCAAAUUGAAAAAAUUAUGAAAGAUAUUAUUGCAGAGUUGAGUGAAAAAUAUAUUAUAAUUAUUUGUGGAAGUUAUAGACGUGAAAAAGAAGAUAGUGGAGAUAUUGAUGUUUUAUUAACAUAUUCUGCAUAUACAUCUAAAGAACAAAAAUUAAAGAAAGAAAACUCAGUCUUAAAAAAUGUUAUAAAAUCUCUCGAAAAAAAAAAGUUAAUUGUAGAUACAAUAUCUCUUGGAUCAACAAAAUUUAUGGGUGUUUGUAAAGUACCCGGCAAAAAUAAAAAACCGUUUAGAAGACUUGAUAUUCGAUUUGUACCUUAUGAUCAAUAUUAUUGUGCUGUACUUUAUUUUACUGGAAGUGAUCUUUUUAAUAAGAGUAUGAGAGCACAUGCUUUGGAAAAAAAUUAUACUUUGAAUGAAUAUACAUUAAAACGACUUACAUCUGAAGGUAUAGAAAAAUGUGAUAAAAAUUUUAUGAUACACGCACACGCGCGCACGCACACACACACACACACACACACACACGUGUGUAUAUAUAUACAUAUAUAUAUGUGUGUGAUGCAGGAACUCCAGGAGAGGCAGAAAAAAUUACAUGUGAAGAAGAUAUUUUUCGAAUUUUAGAAUUGCCAUACAAGAAGCCAAAAGACCGUAAUUCAUAAUAAGCAAGGAUAUAUAUAUUUAUUAUAUGUUAAGAAUUUCUUAUAUACUCUGUAUGAAGUGAUUUUAUUUUUCCUUACUACUAAAAUAAUGAAAAAAAUAAACAUUUAUUUAUUAUUUUUAUUUAUAAAAUUAAAUAACAUUUUUAAAAUUA